CUGUUCUAGACGCAUUACGGUAGACCAAACUGUCCUCUAACACAUCGCCAACACAAGACACAAGCGGAGUAAUUCAACACUGAUUUCUCUGCGAAUGAGCGAGGAACAGACGAGAUGCCAAAAACUCCAGCGAGAAGUAUUAUUGGGACUUUAGGAAAACUCACCGUGUGACUAACUGAAAGAAACAGAGAAGACCUGAAGCGACGAGGAGGCGUAAAAAGCCGCGGGCUUGUUCUUCAUGAACUUUGAGGAGCGCUGUGACCAUGCAGCCUUUGAGCUAGUGCACGAUUAUUGUUUCCACUUAUCACCAAACUGAGUGACCAGUCUGAGAGAGGAAGCCAGUCAAAAAAGGAAAGGAAGACUAAUAAAGGCAGUUGUCGUUGAUGGUCUGAAGGCAUCACUCAUAGAACAGGAUUUUUCCUUUUUUUUUUUUUUUCUUUUGCGUUGCUCUUCUGAAGGUUUCUGGAAUCACUGGGACAUUCACGAGAGCUGGAGGGACACAUCCACAUGGUCCAGCCGUAGAGUGAAAGUAGAGUUCUUCACAAUAUCCUAACAGGUCCGUAUUCAAAUGAGAAGUUGGAGAUGAUAUUAAAAUGAGACUUUGAGAGCGCUGAAUGGAGUCUUUCAGAAAUGUGAAGGUGCCACGUGAUGAUGGUAGAAUCAGCAACUGAGACCAUUCGAACAACACCCUCCAAUCAAAAUGGAGUCAGCAGCCUAAGCAGCCAAUCAGACGGUGGCGGAAGAGAGGGCGGGUCCAACGGUGACACCAAUGGGGAGAUCAGCCCGGUGGAUUUACUGCAUCUUCAACAGCAGCAGGCCCUCCAGGCAGCACGCCAGUUCAUCCUCCAGCAGGCCACAGGACUCAACUCCCCCAGCAGCAACGAGGUCAAACAGAGUCCCGUGCAGGUGCCGGUAUCCAUGGCGAUGAUGACCCCACAGAUGAUAACUCCUCAGCAGAUGCAGCAGAUCCUCUCUCCGCCUCAGCUCCAAGCUUUACUCCAACAGCAACAAGCCCUUAUGCUGCAACAGCUGCAGGAGUACUACAAGAAGCAACAGGAGCAGUUGCACCUCCAGCUCCUUACCCAGCAGCAGCAAGCAGGGAAGCAGGCCAAAGAGCAGCAGCAGUUGGGGAAUAAACAGCUGGCUUUCCAGCAGCAGCUGAUCCAGAUGCAACAACUACAGCAGCAACACAUUUUGAAUCUACAAAGACAGGGCCUGGUGAACCUACAGCCAGGACAAGGAGCAGUACCCAUUCAGAGCCUGCAGCAAGCCAUGUGUCCCACUGACCUGCAGCAGUUGUGGAAGGAUGUGGCCGGUAUUCAGAGCACAGAGGAGGCCAUGAAACACGAGGGCCUCGAUCUAACCACCAACAGCUCCAACACUACCUCAUAUUCAGCCUCCAAGGUCUCACCUCAGAUCCCCCAUCAUCCUUUGCCAAAUGGACAGAACUCUGUGCACACUCCAAAGAGAGACAGAGCAAGACUUUUUGAGUGGAUCUCGUCGUUCACCAAGGAGUCCAGUGACGAGCAUCUCAUGCCUUAUUCCAAAGGCACUCCCCUGCAGAGCACUCACUCAAACCACGAGGAACACACGGCCUCGCACCCACUCUAUGGACACGGCGAGUGCAAGUGGCCUGGCUGUGAAGCGCUCUGCGAGGACAUGGGCCAGUUCAUCAAGCACCUGAACAGUGAACACGCCCUGGAUGAUCGCAGUACGGCCCAGUGCAGGGUCCAGAUGCAGGUCGUUCAACAGCUGGAGAUACAGCUGGCCAAAGAGAGCGAGCGUCUGCAGGCAAUGAUGACCCACCUGCACAUGCGUCCAUCUGAGCCAAAGUCUUUCAACCAACCUUUGAACCUGGCCUCUAGUGUGUCGCUGUCAAAAAGAGAAAGUGAAGGGUUUCCUGAGGGCUUGCCUCAUCCCCCCACCUCUGCUGCAACUCCCAUCACCCCCAUGAGGCAGGGACCCUCCGUCAUCAGCUCCUCCAGCCUGCAUGGAGUCGGGCCCAUCCGUCGGCGCAACUCCGACAAGUUCUGCACCCCCAUCGCUUCAGAACUUGCACAGAAUUGUGAAUUCUACAAAAACGCUGAUGUCAGGCCUCCAUUCACCUACGCCUCCCUCAUACGACACGCCAUUCUGGAAACCCCUGACCGACAGCUGACUCUAAACGAGAUCUAUAACUGGUUUACACGAAUGUUCGCCUAUUUCAGGAGAAACACAGCAACAUGGAAGAAUGCUGUGCGCCAUAACCUGAGUCUGCACAAGUGCUUUGUGCGGGUCGAGAACGUCAAGGGUGCUGUUUGGACUGUGGACGAAGUGGAAUACCAAAAGAGGAGACCACCAAAGAUGACCGGAAGUCCCACUCUCGUGAAGAAUAUGAUUUCUGGGCUGGGAUUUGGCUCCCUGAAUGCCAGCUAUCAGGCUGCACUUGCGGAGAGCAGUCUUGGUCUUCUGAACAGCCCCACCCUGAUGAACAACAGCACGGGUGCGAGCCUCAACAUGCUGCAUGUCGGCCACGAUGAUGUCAGCAGCACUGUUGAACAAGUCAACAGCAAUGGCAGCUGCAGCCCUGGCCUUUCUCCGCAGCAGUAUGGACACCAAGUCCACGUUAAAGAGGAGCCAGCUGAGAUGGAGGAGGACAGCAGACCCGUGUCCCUCAUGGCAUCUGUCACUCAAAACCUGAGCAUGCCUGGUGAUGAGCGGGACAUGGAUGAGGAGCUUCCCACAGAGGAGCUGGAGUAGGAGGAAGUGUUGAUGGAGGCGGAGCUCACUGGCCCUGUCCCUCCCUCGUAUUCAAGAUGUUCAAGAUCAAGUGAGAAAACAAAGAUAAAAAACCAACUACAACUUCAGAAACCAAAACAGGGUUAGACCUCAUCAGCUCCCAAUGCAAAAACACAUCCCCCAUUCCACCCUUUAUUUUUUGUUUCCUCAGUCAGUCCCCUCCGAAAAGGCCCGUCGAGCAGCUGUGCGUUCAUGUCCUCCUGUACUUUGAAACAUGGUCUGAUAGAAGUACGGACCACCGUGUCUAAAGCUACUGAGGGAAACCUGACGUCAGUAUACAAGCUUAGUCAUUUUUUCCCACAAGUCACUCAAGGUUUCUCUAUUUUAAGUCUUUUUAGCUUUAAUUUUGAUGUUCUUUGGGCCUAAGAACACUACUUUUCCAUGGGAUAAAUACACAGCGGUGAUUUACCUCAGAAAGAUGUUCACAUGUUUGAAAAAAGAGGAAAAAGAUGACAAACACACAUCUUUAGAAUGACUUCUGCUUUCAACCGGAUUUUUGUACUUGUUCAAGAGGAUGCUGCAAGACUCAGUAACUUUGCGGUCACACAGAUAAAUUCACCACUCUCGACAAAGGCAAAGACUGAAACAAAAUGAGCUGAAAAACUGGCAACGGUGUCCCUGGCCAUCUGACCAACUCCUUUUUUUUUUUUUCGUCUCCCUUCCAUGACUGGACUAGAGAAACGGGGAGCACGUUCUCUCUCGAGGCAGUGUUAGCGGAUGCUUGCGCUGUCCCUAUCUUUAUCUGAUGCUAUCCACAAGGCUGCCAGAACGUGUUUUCCUCCCUCGCUCUUUGUCAAACUAAACAGAAAAUGUUGCUACCCCCAAAAAAGGCGUAUUUCAGGAAAAGGAACUUUUUGGCUGUUGUUCUCCUGUGGUGCUGUUAUGACAGCCAGACUGAUAUGAGGCUUGUGGAGGACCAGCUUAGAGACUUUAUUGACUGUAUUGUUGAUUAUAAUACAUAAUAUGUGUGCAGUAGCUUUCGAUUUCAUUUUAUUUUCAUAGUCAUUUAUUUCUAAAGGAUCGACAUUUUUCAUUGUGAUGUAAUUCAACUUUUGUCUUCUGUUAAUGAUUGUUUUGUUUUGCUUUUUUGAAUUCUCUCAUCAUUCCAAAAAGGGGUUACAUUUAGGAGAGAAGUUCCAAAAUCCUUUGUUCUACAAACUCCAAAAAAAAAAAAAGUCCAAAAUAUAUCCUAGUGUUAGAUCACAAGUAUUUGAGGAUAGCACUUAUAAUUAAGUGAAAACUUCCGAAACAGAGCCACAGAUGAAAUCUAACAUCAAAUACCAACAAAACCACUCGAUCAUUUCUUUAGCAGAGAGAAGCUGAAAGUAAAGAGACAGAGGUGAAAUACACAUUGCAGGGCUCCCUGUUAGAUCCUGGAGAAAACUUUACAGGCACUCAUAUCUCUCUUUUUUUUCCACAAAUUUGCCUCAUUUGUUCAUUUACUUAACAUUUUUAGGUUUUAUUUUCACAGAUUUGCGCCUUGUUUGUUUCAGAAUGUUCUAUAGUAGCCAAUUGAUAUCAGCUACGAUACAAAAUAUUGCUUUAACGUAAAACAUAACACGGUCACGGAAUACCUCAGACCACAGUGUUUGCCCCUCACGCUGUUAUUACGAAGGGGAUUUGUACUGUGGCUAACCAACAUGGUGACUCUCUCAUUAUCAGUUCAAAGUUCUAUAGUUAUUAGAUAUAUAAAAGUUAUUUGCAAUUCACUGUGUGAGUAGAAAGUGUGUGAUUAGCAUUUUGCUUUCACUAAACUAUAUAUAUAUAUAUAAAAAAUAUAUAUCUUUUCUCAGUAGUGCCAUGCCAAAUUCUGAGUUUAAUUUAAGAUAUGUUGCUUUUUCAGUUUUUCCCCAUUUUACUUUUGUUACAGGUAACCAAAGAGAUAUUUAAUAAACCAAAAACUCUUUUUUAUUUAUCAUUUCUUCUUCCUAAAGAACUGGCCAAAAGAACACAAACUUGUCAUGUGAAUAUUUAAUUUUUCCCUUUUUUUUCCCAGCUAAAUCAUUCGUUUUUUGACUUACACUACAGAGCAUUCCAAAAACCAAAGUGUAAAAUGCAAAUGCUUUUUUGUUGUUGUUUUUCAAAAAAAGGAGAGAACUGUUUUAAUAUACGUUAACCUAAUGAUUUCUUAACACUACAUAUAUUUAAAGGCCAAAAAACAAACUGAAAAGGAAACAAAAAGCAAAAAAAAAGCAGUAUUAACAAGCCUCUUGCGGUUCCUUAGUUAAUGUACAAGCACUUACAAUCUGCGAAAGGAAGAUUUCUACCCCAUCUUGUGCUCAGGCGAUUGCAGUGUUGAGAACGCAAUCUUCACCGUCUAAGAUUGCAAAGGACUUUACAUGCAAAAGGCACUUGAAUAAGCCAGCAUCAAUUACUCAGCAUUAUGGUUUACAUCAAUUACCAGUAUUUCAUAAUUAAACACAGUUCAACGAAUACCAAAAAAAGCAGGCAAGCACUUACUUGCUUGUGCUUACCCUGCCUGUUGAACAGUAUUAUUUACCACACUAAAAAGGGAUGACUGAUAGGGAAUCUUUUCAAACAUGACAGGAAUCAUUUUAAGGACGGUUCAAGUAAUUAUUUUCCACUCUUUUAUGUUGGAGAAUCUUUCUGAUGUACCUGGUCUGUAUGUUCAUUUCAUACACACAUUUGAAACACCUUCAAAGAAAUAAAACCAAAAAUAAUGCUACCUCCUUUUAAAAAACGGCUCACAAAAUAGAAAGGCCAAUGAAAGUCACCUAUAGUCAAACAAAAGAUGUAAAUCCCUUCUAGUUUUUCAUUCUUCCACAAAAUACAAAAUAAACAUAUUGUCGAAAUAACCAAAAUAUGUUCGUUGUUGCGUAGCUGUGAACGUUUGUUGAUUCCUCUUGAUUCCAAAUUCAUUUUCAUGAAUUCGGGUUCAUGAAUGGAAACAAAUAAACGAGACACAACGGUGGAAAAACAGACGACUACCUCUCUAUCCCCUCCUAAAAAUAAAUAAAUAAAUAAAAUGCUGAGUCCUGUUAAGUAUGAAGCAUUAAGUGGUCAACAUAUUUAAAAGGGUCUACUCCAAAUCACAUAUUCCCCACUUUAAGUGAUCUAUUAGCAUAGUGUCUAUGUACAGGUCCUCUGUGCGAAGGCUUAAUUGUGUGUUCUAAUUCCACAUGCAUAAUGAGAGGCCAGGCCAAUGAGAGCCAUCGAGCUGGCCGGUCAUUAGAGCGUACUCAAUGGGCCAGUCAGCUGGGUGUCAGAAAUGAUGAUAGGCAAAAUGCAUUAAUGCAGGCCACUCUCACACGGACCCCGCUUCCCAAUUAAUGCAAAGUGUAGUUUUGUGACAGCAGUGGAAAAAAUAGCACACACACACACAGAGACAGACUAUCCCUGAGAGAUCAUCACGCUUCUGCUAAAACGAGCCUUUAUUUUUACCAAAAUAUCCAAAGAGAACCAACGAGCUUGUGCUACAAGAACUGAGGAUUGCAAAGGAAUUGAAAAACUCUCACAAAUUAAUUGCUGCAUUCACUAAAUGGACUACAAUUGUGCUUUAAGGCACGUGUGUAAACAAAGCUGUUUUGUAAGAUGUGGACUAAAACGCAUUAGUGGUGAUCGCCAUGACUUCUUCGUUACUUUUACACGCAUUGUAAUGAUGUAUUAUUGUAUAUUACCGCUCGGCUUAGCUCUCAAGGGCAUUCCCUGCUUUUCGUGUUUCCUUUACUUGUUUUCUUUUGGCUUUUAUGUUUCCGCACCUGUUUUUAGCUAUUGUAAAGUUUUGAGCUCAGAAUUUCCUAUACUGUAUUGCUUAUGCUAAAGUGUAUGUAUUUAUCAUUUUAUGUGCUGCAGGUAUAAUGGUUAAAUUUUGGUUUCCUUUUUGGUUUUGUUUUCCCAGUUUUUCUGUCAUAAAAUGUCUGGGACGAUGAUUUUUUGAUUUUAUCUCUCAAAAAAAGAGUUAGAUAAGUGGUUAAGGUAACACACCUGUUUGUAUAUUUAUCUUAGCUAGGUCUAUUUUGAUACUUUUUGUCUCUGUAGUGCAUUUAUGCAUUUUUAAGGAAAAAAAGAGAGAAAACAAACUAAAAAGUUGAACUCAUUGUGUAAUGAUACCUCAGAAGGACUUUUCUCUAAAGACAGGACCAAAACUUCACAAAAACAAUGAAAGAGAAAAAAAAAAAAAACAUUGAAGAAAAAAUGUGUAGCCCUCUCUUGCUUAUAAGAAAGAGCAACUUUAAGGUGUUUUUUUAAUUAUUGGUCAUUUUAGGUGCCAAUAUAUGUACAGACUCCCUUUAAAGUCAAAUCAUUCCUUUAUUUACCAUGAGCACUCAAAGCUAUCUCUGGUAAGGCAAUAGCGCUCCAGAUUUGUAUAGAAGUUCUCUGAGAAAGUGCAUGGAUUGGCUCUCUUUGGUUGAAUUAUGCCGAGCGAGUGCGUCUUUCUUGUUCAUCUUCAAUGACCACCAAAAGGAUUGUGGCUAGAUGUUUGUAUUCCAAAUCGAUCAAGUCUGCCAGAACUGUAACCACACCCUCAUGUCGCCUCAGAGAUCCAUUGCCUGGUGAUGGAUAGCUUUGAGCUGCAGUAUUCUAAGGGGAGCUUUUGCCUGAUGAUAUUCACUUCUUCGGCCAAUCAAAUGGAACUACCACUUCGACUCUCCUCUUAUUGUAUUUUUACGAAUGUGUGUACAUUUUCAGCAGUGACUUCUGUGUACUUUAGUUUCAUUUUAACUUGUUUGUUUACUUCUCUGUAAUUUUUUUAAAUUUGUUUUGCUUUUUCAGAUGAGACUUGGGGGAAGUAUAGGUGAUGGCUUUUGAAAUGGUAUAGAAAAUGUAAAAAAAAAGGCAACUAGCCAUCCACCUUUGUCGUUCUAACCCCGGUGACCAUGUUUAUGCCAGUCACUGCCGUUUUCUUCAUGCUGUAUAAACACACACACACACACACACACACACACACACACACACACACACACACACACACACACACACAUAUAUCUGUGUAUUUGUAACCUGAAUCUUCUUGUGUCUGUCCAUGCAGACAAUAAAAAAAACUGUACAGUAGGUCUAGUUGCAUGUAAUCUGUACUAAUUAUUGACAAUGGCAUUAUAAAAUGCAAUAAAAAUACUUAUUACACUGUC